UGUUGCUGGCCACGCAGAUCAGGAGGACGCCCCCUCCCCAGAAGAAAGCAAGGAGACUCAAGGCUGGGGCUGUUGGGGGUGAGGGUCUGAGCGCACAGUAAAGGGGUACAGUUGCAGUCUAUUUAUUCGAUGAGUGGGAAGGACUUAGAACUUGGCAGGAAGCAUGGCGUGUGUCCAUAGCCUUCUCAACUGCGGGGUCCUAGCCAGGAUCACGAGCCCGGGAGUUUUAGAGAGACCAGCUUGGGGGAAAAAGAAAAGAAAAGACUGGACAGGAGUCAGAACAUCCGAUUUCGGCUGCUGGCCAGCCCAGCCUCUUCUUGGUAUUCUUCCCUGCGUUGCGGCCUGAGUCAUGGAAAGGGAUGACAUGAUUGACUUCAAGGCAUUGGAGAAAGAGCUGCAGGCUGCAAUUGCUGCUGAUGAGAAGUACCAAAGGGAGAAUGCUGCCAAGUUACGGGCAGUGGAACAGAGGGUGCCUUCCUAUGAGGAGUUCAGAGGUAUUGUCCUUGCAUCACAUCUGAAGCCACUAGAGCGGAAGGACAAGCUGGAAAGAAAGAGAACCGUGCUCUGGAAUUCUCACGCUACACAGGGAAAGACUUUUCAGGAUGUGACCACUGAACUCUCCCAAGAGAAAGCCCCCUUCCAGCCUGAGAACUCCGCAGAAUUUUAUCGUGAUUGGCGACGACACUUAAGGAGUGGGCUGGAGCGCUACCAGACUCUGCUACAGCUUGGCGGUACCAAGCUGGGCCACCUCUUCCAGACGGAUGUAGGGUUUGGACUUCUAGGGGAGCUGUUGGUGGCACUAGCUGAUCAUGUGAUGCCAAGUGACCGGGCAGUGGUCCUGGAGAUCCUGCACAGCUUGGCUAAUACUGGGCGAUUCACCCUGAACUUGAGCUUGCUGAGCCAGGUGGAGAGAGAGAGCUGCCAGAGCUUAUUUCAGAAGUUGCAGGCCAUGGGUGAUGCCAGAUGCAUGCAGGAGGGGCUCAGUGGGGAGAAGCUACGGGAGGAGAGACUCCUACAGGAGCUGCUAGGGCUGUAUGGAAUCUAUUGA